AUGGCCUCGGUGGGUCCCUCCGCAGCCUCCACGCAGCCCGACCUGCCCUCCGGAGCCGCCGUCUUCAAAACCAUCCCCUACGCCUUCAUCCUGCCGGAGAUCGUCUGCGGGACCUGGGUGUGGAUCCUCGUCGCUGCUACCUCCGUCUCCUUGCCGCUGCUGCAGGGAUGGGUGAUGUACGUGUCCCUCACCUCCUGCCUCAUCUCCCUGCUGCUCCUCUUAAGCUACCUCCUCGGCUUCCACAGGAACAGUGAGAACUGGAAAGUGCUGGACAGUUUGUACCAUGGCGCCACGGCCAUUCUGUACAUGAGCGCCGCUGUCCUGCAGGCCAACGCCACCAUCAACUCUGAGUUCGGCGUCAACGCCAACUACCAACUCAACAGCGCUGCAUCGUUCUUCGCCUUCCUCACGACCUUCCUGUACAUCCUCCACGCCUUCAGCAUCUACUACCAGUGAUCCUGGCAGCACCAGAUUCACCUUGACAGGACGAGGGCUUUCCCAGUGUGAGAGACCUUGCUGUCAUCCCAAGGUGUCCCUGCUCCAGCCCUGUCACCAGGCCUCAGGAACAGCAAGUCCUUUUGCACUCCAUCACAGGAGGGAUUUUGCUGGCACAAGUUGGUGUGCCUGUGGGACAUUUCCUGCCUUGCCUGGGGGAGGGACUUGUGAGGGGAGGGACUGGGUGCAGGCCCCAAGCCUCCAAUACCAACAUUCUGCCAAAUAUUGACAACCAUGCGAAGAGAAAAAAAAAAAAUCACUGUUCCUUCAGCAAACAAUCUCCUUUCUUAUGUCAUUUGCCU